CGAAUCAACAAAUGUACCAUUAGUUAUUUGGAGAUCGGCAUCACACUAAAUCGUCAUUUCAAAAUCUUGUCAACGGUUUCAAAAUUUCCUAGUACAUUUCGCAAUUCUUAACGUGAUAAAAUGCUUGAAGCAUGAUUAAGUACAACGCAGUCAGCAAUCGAGCCAAUAACAGUAUUUAAAGAUUUGUCUGUCUUCAAAAUUGUUUGCUGUGUCAAUAUAUCGACCAUCGAAGAAGCAGACUUUGGUGAUUAGAAAAAAUCGUUUUUCUGGAGUUUGGACUGCUAAAUAAGAAAUUCAAGAUGAAGACCCCUGCACCAAAAAUAUCAACCCUCGUGGUUUCGGCUAUUCGAAAUCUUCGAGAAGCUCGUGGGUCCACUGCCAAGGACAUCAUGAAUUAUAUAGUUGCGGAGCACAAUGCAGGGGAUAAUGCUAUUCAAAGACGAAUGAACGCUGCCCUAAAGCGCGGAGUGGACUACGGAAUACUGAAACAAGUGAAUGGCCACUACAGUCUCAACGGGGACCCGUUCUGCAUUAAUCCGCAAAAUAUGGUUCCGGAGGAUAAGACUAGGCGAAGGAAGCGCAAAGGUCGUCGUGUAGGUCGCAGGCGCCAUGGACGUCGUGCAAGGGGUGGAAAGGGACGUCGCCGUUCCAAGAAGACGCCUAUGAAGGCCCAACGUCGUGCUGUGCUCAACCGAAAACGAGGAAUGCACGUCAGACGUGUCAAGAGGCAGAAUAACAAUAGGAUGCAAAGUUAUAGAGAAGAACCUGCACCGAGAGAACGUACUCGCCCCGAGAAUACUCCGGCGGAUCUACGAAGGGCGGACAAUCGUCGUGCGGACGUUGAAGUUCCGAGACGUGGGUCCUCAAUCAAGGGGAAGGAACGCAGCCGAAGUAGAAGCAGACCACCAAGUCAGCCGAGACUUUCUUCGAGACAACCCUCGAGGCAGGAAAGUCCAGCUCCGAGUCAAUCUUCUACAAGCAGUGAUCACGAAGAAAAAUAUAAUCGACACGAUGAUUAAGCCCAUUUUCUCUCAUCAAGAAAAUAUCGACAGAAAUUCUAAUAAGAAAUUCCAAAUUUAAUAUCUUUUUAGUAAACUUACAUUUUUUUAUAUCCAUUUUUUUUCAUAUUUGAAACAGAAUACUCUGUCGAUGAUCUCCUAUCGAUUUUUUUCGAUAGCUAAGAAAAACUUUUUUUUUGCUGAUAUUGAGUUUUUUAAAUUUAUUUAUUUUGUAUAGCUUAUUAGCGGCUCCUUUGUUUUUUGUGCAGAGUUCAGAAGUACUACUUGUGAUUUAGAAAAGUCUCUAAAAUAAAGAUUAGGUGAUCAAAAUUUAA